GCCCCUGUGCGAGCUGCAGCCCCUGGGAGGGCCCGGUGCCCCCACGAUGAUUGUUGCCAGCCAGUCAGAAAAUGGACAGGUGCUGCAUGUCAUUCCUUCUGCCCAGCCAGGAGUGACCCAGGUGAUUAUCCCUCCAGGCCAGCUUCUGGAUGUGACCGGCUCACAGGAUAUUUCAGAAGAGAAGUGUGGUGAUGGGAACCUGCAGACUGUGGUGGUGGCUUCUAUAGCAGACAGUGCAAGCAGUUACAUUCUACAUCCACAGGCAUCUCUCACCAUAUCUAAAAAAACAAGCACCAGGGUAAUGGAAGAUUCUUUUCCCAUCCCUCUUCAGCCGUUGCCACUAAAUACACCUGCAUGGGCACGCCGUCUCAGGAACUGUGAGAGAAUUGGGGACUCGUACCGCGGCUAUUGCGUGAGCGAGGCAGAGUUAGAGAGCGUUCUCACGCUCCACAAGCAGCAAACACAGAGUGUCUGGGGGACGCGCCAGUCUCCAAGCCCAGCCAAACCCGCCACACGGUUGAUGUGGAAAUCUCAGUAUGUCCCAUAUGAUGGGAUCCCCUUUGUCAAUGCAGGAAGCAGAGCCAUUGUAAUGGAGUGCCAAUAUGGGCCAAGAAGAAAAGGAUUUCAGCCCAAAAAAGCUGGUGAGCAGGAAAGCACCUCUGGCCAGCUGUACAAAGCCACUUGUCCAGCAAGGAUCUAUAUUAAAAAGGUUCAAAAGUUUCCAGAAUACAGGGUUCCUACUGACCCUAAAAUUGACAAGAAAAUCAUAAGAAUGGAGCAGGAGAAAGCAUUCAACAUGCUGAAGAAGAACUUGAUAGAUGCUGGUGGUGUCCUCAGGUGGUAUGUACAGUUACCUACUCAGCAAGCCCACCAAUAUCAUGAAAUGGAAACUUCCUGCCUCCCUCCUUCACCGUCCCAUCUUUCUGUGUCUUCUCCUGAGGAGGAGGAGGAAGUCGUUCGAGAUGAGAACAGUACGCCGCCUUCUCGACUUCAUCCUCAAGUGGCAGACAAGAUCCGAGAGCUGGUGUCUCAGGGAAUAGAGCAGGUCUAUGCAGUGAGGAAGCAGCUGAGAAAGUAUGUGGAAAGAGAAUUGUUCACGCCUGAUGAAGUGCCAGAAAGACAUAACCUGUCCUUCUUCCCCACUGUGAAUGACAUCAAGAACCACAUUCAUGAAGUGCAGAAGUCCCUAAGGAAUGGAGAGAUAGUGUAUAGUUCAGAAAGUAUCCCAGCAACGCUGCAGUGGACCACAGACAGUGGGAAUGUCCUCACAGAAACAGUGACUGUUGCAUUUGCCUCACCACCUUCAGAUGGGAGCUCAGGAGUGGAGUCAGUCAUCACCAAAGCAGAAUCCAGCCAGAGUGGGGAGUCCUUGGUACCAGAAACAACUCAGCUGUUAUCUUCACUCUCUUCACUUCAGCCCAAGAUAUUUGCACAACUUCAGGGAUUGCAGCUGCAGUCAACAUUUACCUCAACAAACGGAUCAACAGCCUUGCUAGCUGUAAAUAACCAUUCCCCUCCCAGUCCUGCAAGUCUCCUGGAUUCCCUGGGCAGUGCAAUAAGCAGCCAUUCUGUAGCACUGAGUCAGGGGCAUGGUCUGCAAGCAGGUGCUGGCCUCACACAGGACAGUGCUUUUGGGACUCUGCCUGCCUCUGAUCAGAGUCUGGUUGCCAUGGGCCAGCUGGUACCAGCUGAAGGGGUGGAUGACUCCAGAAGCCUGGAAGGAGGAGUGCACCAGAUUCUCUUGGGAGAUGUACAGACUAUUCCAGUACGGAUUGUGGACAGCCAGCCAGCACUUAAACGUGAAGCAUUCCAAGCUACCCCUCAAAACCACCAUGCUCAGAGCCUGAAAGGAUCAUUUACCUCAGACUACUCCAGCUAACUGUUGAGAGACCAGAGCAGAGAACAGAAGAGGAAGAGAAAUUUGCAAAAUGCUGCCUGCAGGAGAUAGAAAGCUCUCAAAGUUACAGCUGAAAAUUUCAAUUUCUCAUGGCUGAAAUGGCUCGCUUUGGAUGUUACCUUCUGAAUACAAACUGGUCUGAUAACUCCAUGUUUCUGGGUGUUGACAAAGCUGUUAUCGCAUCUGAGGUGUUCUGUACAUGGAAGCAGAUGGAGAAAUUGGGAACCUUCUUGACUUUACUUCUACUGAGAACAAAUGAUCUGUGGAAAGAAAGCUUUACCAGUUAAAAUCAAUAUCCUCACAAUAAUUUGGUGCCCUGGUGUGGGUGGCCCUGUGCAGGACACAGCUGAUUCCAGGCAUCUCUGCAAGGAACCCACCACGGGAUGCAGCUGAGCACAUCGGUGAAGCACAGCACAUCUGUGCAGGUGCCUAAGAAAGGGCAAAAUGCUGCAUGGCAGAGGAGGAAGGUGAAACAGUCCUCUGAGCACCAAGGUCAGAGAAGAAGGAGAGGGAGGAAUUGCUUCAGGUGCUGGGGCCAGUGUUUUCCCUGCAGACCACAGAGCUAUGAGCAGGUGCAGAUUUUUCUGAAGGAACUGGAGUCCAUGGAGAGGAGCCAUGCCAGAACAGGCUUCUGCUGAAGGACUGCAGCCUGUGGAGAGGACCCAUGAUGGAGCAACAGAAAGAAUCUGUUACAGACUGACUGCAAUGCCCCUAUUCCACUUUGCCCUGUGCUGCCUUGGACAAGGGGAGACAGAGAAAUUGGGAGUUCAAAGUGUGAAGUUGAGUCUGAGCAAAGAGGGCAACAGGAAAGGAAUGUGCUGUUAUAAUUUGCUUUUGUUUCUCAGUGAUUUAAUUUUAAUUGGCAAUAAAUUAAAUUAGCUUUCCUCAUAUUGAUUCAAAUAUUGAAGUUUACAUUUGGAUGCAAGUCAUGGUGAAAAAACCUGAUUUCUGUUUGAUCCCUGCAAGUCACUAUUGCCUUUAAUUUUUUAAGUAAUCAAAUUUUAAUUUUUAUUAAUUCACUCUGUAUGAAGGAAGUAGUGUAUCUUGUCUGAAUCAGGAAUUGCAUUUCUGGAUGUGUUCUGGUUAGGCCUUUCAAGUUCAGCAUACUCACCUCUUGACCAGAGUAGACCUCAGGUAGAUAAUUAACUCAGGAACAUGUCUAAUCCAUUAUAUUUCAGCUGGAAAAGAAUACCAGCCAUAUUUUUACACGUUUGAGCAUGGAGGAGUCAUUCUGAGGACAGGAUGCUGCAGCAGCAGUAGAUUCUACUUUAUCUACUUUGGUAAAGCUGUUCUUACAGGUAUUAAGGGUGUGGCAUCUUCCCAGU